AUGGAUAACAGGAUAAUUAGCGGAGAAGAUGCAUAUCGAGCCCUAGCUUCAACAGCUAUUCAUCCGAUCGAUUGGCCAGAAAUCGCCGUGCAAAUCGCCGCGGAGAAGAUCGGAGACGACGAGGAUUUCGAAUUCUCUCUGGUGCGCGACGAUAAUGAGCUAUCGGCGGAGGAUUUCGUCUACGACGGCCAGCUCGGCCCGAUUUUUCCAGUUUUCAACCGCGAUCUGCUGCUGAGCGACGAUCGGCGCGAUUCGAGUGUUCAGGUUCCUCUAAGUCAGCUCCUCCUCGAAGAUCGCCGAGGCGGAGACGGUGAUCCGCCGUCGUGCUCUUCGUCGGAGGCCGACGAGCUGGAGAGCGUCCCCCCGGGCCCGUACCGUCUGGCGGCCGAAGGCGGGACUGGCUGCCGAGCCGGUGUAAGAAGAGAAAAACCCCCGGGAGGGCGCAAGGGGGGGUUUUCGGAGAUGGGCGGAGCAAAGCGACGGGAAGGAAGUUUGGUCUUUUUGACGCCGAAGAGGGGGAGGAGAAAUUCCCGGCAAAUUUCCAAAAAAAUUGAAAGGAAAAGGGGGCAGGGUCGGCUCAGGCUCAGGUUCGCCCUCCCCGGCGGCCGCGUUGGGCGCACGAGGCUCUGUAUGGAGAAACAGAGCGAUGAACAAGUUGAUAGGAAGAAAUCGUAUCUGCCUUACCGGCAAGAUCUCGUUGGACUUCAAAACGCAAUGGGGUAA